AGUGAAGUGAAAAAUAAACCACUAGUGGAUUAAAAUAGAGAUGCGGCAUUUUUGAAGCGUUAGGGUACAUUACACACAAUUCGGGUUCCAGCACAUCAGAAACUAAUACACCAGUGCGCAGGCAGAAACCCAUCUUCAUUUUCUCUCUCCUCUGUCUGCGAAAAGAUUUACAUAAAGCAGUCAUGGCUGAGGGUUCGGAGAUUGAUGAACGUGUGGACCUUGAUGAUGAUAAUUACAUGGAAGAGACCGAUGAAGAUGUUGCUGAUGGCAUUGAGGACGAGGCAGAGGAGGAAACUGGCGAUGACAAGGCCGAGGAACCGUAUGAGGAUGUGAAAACUGAUGGUAGUGGGAAAGAGCAAUCAUCAGAACCUGAUCAAAGCCCCGUUGGUGAUGAUCAUGUGGAAGAUGAAGAGAUUUUCACAGCUUCAGUUGAUGAAGAGGACAAAGAGAAGCACACUGAGCUUCUUUCUCUCCCUCCUUAUGGAUCUGAGGUUUUCAUUGGCGGACUUCCAAAGGAUGCUACAGAAGAAGAUCUAAGAGAUCUUUGUGAGCCUAUCGGUGAACUAUUUGAGGUAAGAUUAAUGAAGAAUAAGGAUACUGGUGAGAUCAAGGGAUAUGCCUUUGUGGCAUUCAAAACAAAGGAAGACGCCCAAAGGGCAAUAGAAGAGCUGAAAAACAAGGAAUUUAAGGGAAAAUCGCUUAGAUGCUCAUUGUCUGAUUCAAAGCACAGGUUGUUUAUUGGUAACAUACCUAAAAGCUGGUCAGAGGAUCAGUUCAGAAAAAUGAUUCAUGAUGUUGGCCCAGGGGCUGAAAUGAUCGACCUCAAGCAGGAUGCUUUAAAUCCCGGCCGUAACCGUGGCUUUGCUUUUAUUGAGUAUUACAACAAUGCUUGUGCGGAUUAUGCUCGACAGAAAAUGUCUAGUGGAAGUUUUAAGCUGGAAGGUAACACCCCAACUGUCACUUGGGCUGAUCCAAAGACUGCACCCGACUCUGCUGCAGCUUCCCAGGUCAAGGCACUGUAUGUAAAAAAUAUUCCUGAUACUGCCACUCCUGAGCAACUGAAGGAAAUCUUUCAGCGCCAUGGAGAAGUCACGAAGGUUGUGUUACCGCCUGCUAAAGGUGGACAAGGCAAAGGAAAUUUCGGAUUUAUACAUUUUGGUGAAAGGUCUAGUGCUCUGAAGGCUGUCAAAGACACAGAAAAGUACGAGAUUGAUGGUCAGGCGUUAGAGGUUACUAUGGCUAAGCCUCAGGCAGAUAAGAAGUCUGAAGCAGCUGCUUCCUUCCCUGCUGGUGCGAACUAUCUUGCUCCACCAGCUUAUGGGUUUGCUGGAAAUCCAUAUGGUUCAUUGGGAGCUGGAUAUGGUGUUGCUGCUGGAUACCAACAACAGCAGCCAGUCAUAUAUGGGAGGGGGCCAAUGCCAGCUGGCAUGCAGAUGGUUCCAAUGGUUCUGCCUGAUGGCAGAAUUGGCUAUGUCUUGCAGCAGCCAGGAAUGCAAAUGGCAGCACCUGCACCAGUGCGGCCACGGAGAAACGAUCGCUCUAAUGGAUCAGGUGGGCCCCAGGGAAGGGGUAGUGGAAGUGGGAAUGAUGGUAAUAGGAGUAGAAGAUUCCGACCCUAUUAGUAAGUUAUUGUGGAAAGUGAUGUCGUCAAUCUUAUAGCUUGUGAGGGAUCAAGGACGUGGCUGUGCUGCUGGACUUCCAAUUUGGGGAAGUUGGGAGACUCAGGACUUGGCCAAGCUGAUACAAAGAAUGGCAGUAGUCAAUUAUAAGUUGUAGUAGCUGUAUUAGUUUGUUGGUGAUCUUGUUGAGGGUGCCAUGUUUAUGUGUAAAAUGGACUUGUUGCCUUGAAACAUACUUGAGUGGAAGUCCCUCAGAUCUCAUUUUUAGUCUUUGAACUUUUUAGUGCGUUCAGAUACGAUCCAAAUCAGGGAUAUGGUGAUUGCUUUGUUGGAGGAUUGUGGACGAGCUAUGUGAAGCUUGAUAAGUUGCGUAAUCAUCUUCUUUUCUUUGCAAAGCUCCAAAUAGCCGAAUCGUUGGGUAUCUAAUAUGCAACAUAUGAACAUAUUUUAUUCUUGGAUCAAUGAAGUAGAAUAAUGAUAUUGAUCUGAAGGUGGAAAGAUGGAUAUAUAGUUUUCUACUUUUCUUGA